GUGCGAAGUAGACACAGGGCGAACCAACGUAGGGGUUAUCCGAAAAAGCUAGGCGGAGCAGACGAGCGCACUGUAAUCAAAGCAUCUCUAUGCUUCCGCUCCACGAAUCAGAUGUUAAAGUUGGUUUGGAAACAGAGUAAAUUGAAGGCUGAAAAAGUCAUAAAAACAUAUGCAAGUAUUGACUCCCUCAGACAAUAUUUUGAUGUUGAACCAGGAGAUGCACUCACUAGAGUCAUUGCGUCUUUUAACCCUCUUACUGUGUCCAAAGAGAUUUACUCUGAGCUGUAUGGACCCGUUAUGAUAUGCUUUUCUCUUGUGGCCGUUUUACUCUUUGAAAUGAAAAUGUCUGAGCUAAAAUUGCAAGAAGGUACCCUAAUGGGCUCAGCUAUCCUUACCUCUUUGGGAUAUUGGAUUGGUGUAUCCUUUUUAUUUGCUUCGCUGGCAUAUAUCACAUCAGUCAACUUGCAGAUUGUUCAGUUUUUGACUUUAUUCGUUACCAUUACUCCAGGUAUCGUAUCAUUUCAACAGGACCUUACAAUUUCUCAAGUUCAUGUUGGACCUACUUCUAUUCUUCCUUGA